CAACAAUACAAGUUGAGUUUCGAAGCUCAGUGAGAUAGUAACAAAUCAAACAAACUAUUCAAAUCAACAAAAAACUCUUUAUUUUUAACAACUUUUCUACAUUUUAGUGAAAAUUUUCUUGUACCACAAAUAAUCAACAUGAACAAGCAAUUGUUAUUCGCUCUUUUUGCCUCAACUCUUAUACUUUGUGUUCAAUUUGUCCGUGCCGAAGAGGAAUUCGAUGCUGAAGAAACUUUCGAUGGCGAAGAAGACGUAGCUUUGGAAAGAGAAAGACGAGAUGUAUCUGCUGAUUUAGAAGGUGCCGAAUCAGGAAUCGCUGGUGGAGCUGGUGCAGGACUCGGUGCUUAUAAAGGAGGAGCAGCUGGUGGGGCAGCUGCCGGUUUUAAAGGUGCAAAGGCUGGAAAAGCUGGUUAUGCCGCUGGUGCAAAAGGAGCAAAGGGAGGUGCAGCUUAUGGCGCUAAAGGAGCUGUUGGUGGAUCAAAGGGUGCUGCUUCUAAGGGUGGUUUCGCUUCUGGUGCUUUCGGUAAAAAGUUUGGUUCCAAGGGAGGUUUCUCUAAGGCUGGAGGAGCUGGUUACAACAAGAAGAUCGGUGUAGUCAAGAAGUUCGGAAUGAGCCAAGGUUUCAAAUUCGGCAAAUCUGCUGCUCAUGGUGCUGCCGGUGGUGCUGUUGGAGGUAAAGCAGCUAAAGGAGGUUUUGCUGGUGCUGCUGGAGCCUCUGGAUUCAAGAGUGGAGCUACUGGUGGUAAAAAGGGAUUCGCCUCUGGAGCAGCAGGUGCAGCUGGUGGUAAAGCCGGUGCCGCUGGCGCUGGUGGAUUCAAGAAGGCUGCUGGAGCCGCUGGAGCCGCAGGAGUCAAAGGAAUCGGUGGUGGAGCUGGUUUCGGGCUCGGUCGAUAAGCAAACAAAAUUGUAACUUAAUUAUUUAGGUGUUUACUAACCAGACAAGUCGAGUAGAGAUACAUGUUUUUAUUAACAGGGUAAACUUACCUGCAUUUCUUAAUUUUAUAGAUAUUCUCAUUUUUUGUUGAAAUUCGCUAAAAAAUGUUUCGCCAUAAACCUGAAGAUAGCCACAGACAGACUACUUUAAACAUUUGCCAAUAUUUAGCCUUGCCUUGCCUCAGACAAUAUCAAAUUAUGCAAAUUUUUGCAUAUCCAGUCUUAAUCCAAUUUCCUGUUUCCUGUUGAGCCUUCGUUUGCCAAUCCACUUUCAUUUUUCUCAAAAAUCUACAUUUUUCAGUCAAUGUCAAUUAUGUCUUCUAAAAAAUGAUCAUUUUGAUUUUGAUCCGCAGUCAAAUUAAAUUGUGCCGCAACAACUCUUAGGAUUGUUUCCUACCUCUGAAUGUCAUGAACCAAAUUUGAACCAAUACCAGCCAAAACCAAGUUUAUAGUGAAACUGAAAAAAUUGUAUAAAAAGUUUUCUGUGAUCAAUAAAUUUUUUCUAAUAUUUUAA